AACACAGAUCCUUGUUAGAGGCAUAACGUAGCUAGCAAGUUAGCUAUUGAAAGACCGAUCAAAUAUCGUUCAUAUAGUAAUUUAGACUGACGUAUAUGAAAACAGAUAUAAUACGUUGAUUACAAGAGUACAUUGUGUGCACGACGCCUGUUUUCAGGUCACUCCACCUCCCAAGAUGUCGUACCCCCCUCACCUGAACCGCCUCCCCCAGUUGCCCCCUGGGAUUCGCCCUCCCCACUUCGCAGGGUUCCCCCAGGGAGUCCCAGCAGGUACGCCCAUGAUUCCAGUCCACAUGGGGAUAAUGACCUCUGCACCUACGGUCCUGGUUCCUACCACAGUGUCUAUGGUCCAGAAGCCUCCUGCUCAGAGGAAAGAGCUGAACCCAGUCAGAGCCAAGGAGAACCAGGAGGGGGGCAGUGGUCCCACCACUACAGUGUUUGUAGGGAACAUCUCAGAGAAGGCUUCAGACAUGCUGGUCAGACAGCUGCUAGCGAAAUGUGGCCUGGUCCUGAGCUGGAAGAGAGUCCAAGGGGCUUCUGGGAAACUGCAAGGUAAAAACAAAACAGCGUUUGGUUUCUGUGAGUACAAGGAGCCAGAGUCCACCCUGCGUUCCCUACGUCUGCUACAUGAGCUGUUGCUGGGAGACAAGAAGCUGCUGGUCAAGGUGGAUGCUAAGACCAAGGCCCAGCUUGAAGAGUGGAAGGCUAGGAAGAGGAACUCCAACGGGGGAGCCAUGUCAGAGGACGGGCUCAAGGAAGAGGAGGAAGAGGAGGAGGAGGAGGAUCUUGAUGAGGACACAAAGCGCCGUGACCAGAUAGUGAAGGGGGCCAUCGAGGGGUUGAUCCGGGAAUACGGCAGUGAGCUCAACGCCCCUUCUCAGGACGGAGACAACCAGCCCCGCAAGAAGAAGAGAGAGAAGAAAGAGGAGGAGGACAUCAAUGUGAUGGAGAUGGAGGAUGACAAAAGAGACCUGAUAUCCAGGGAGAUCUCUAAGUUCCGGGACACUCACAAGAAACUGGAGGAGGAGAAGGGAAAGAAAGAACAGGAACGGCAAGAGAUCGAUAAGGACAGGAAGGAGAGGGACAAAGAGAGGGAGCGAGAGAGGGAGCGCUGGGACCGCGAGAGGGAGAAGGAGAAGGAGAGAAACGACAACAUCAAGGAGAGAGAGCGGGACAGAGACCGGGACCGGAUCGAUCGGGAACGUGAACGGACGAAGGAGAGAGAAAGGGAGAGGGGAGAGAGGGAGCGAGGAGAGAGGGAGCGAGGAGAGAGGGAACGAGGAGAGAGGGAGCGCGUGAAGGAGAGGAGUCGAGAAGUCAGCAAAGACCGCAGUAGAUCCAGAGAACGGAGCCGCGAUGAGAAGAAACACGACCGCGAGGAAGACCAGGAGGAGGCGUACGAACGCAGGAAACUGGAGAGGAAGAUGAGGGACAAGGAGACUGCUUACCAGGAACGUCUGAAGAACUGGGAGAUCAGGGAGAGGAAGAAGGCUCGGGACUACGACAAAGAGAACCAGAGAGAGGAGGAGAGACGCCAUGAGAUGGUCAGAGAGAUGAUUCUAUACAGUGGGGCAAAAAAGUAUUUAGUCAGCCACCAAUUGUGGCUAAGCUUGUGUUUGAAUAAAUGUAUUUCAUUUCAUUUGCGAUUUUCAUGAAUAGGAAAAGUUGCGUUAUGCUAAUGCGUUUGAGGCUACACUCCCGGAUACGGGUUUGCUCGGCGCA